UGACCAGCUAGAGCCCCCGCCCUGGUGGGAGGGGGUGGGCCAGUCCUGAGCAGAGGGCGGGGCCAGGGGCCACUUAAGGCGGAGCCCCGGCGUUGUGGCAGCGCCGGAGCCUGGCGGCAGAGCCAGGCUGAGCUGGCACCCACCCACGACCCCCCUUUCCUCCUAUGAUGGCCAGACAGUAGCAGGUUCCAGACCCCCAGGGGGGCAUGUAGGCAGAGCUAGGGGCAGCCAGGUGCGCAGAGCCACAAGAGUUCUAGGGCACUCUGAGGGCAGUUCUGCCUGCUGCGCUCUCUGGUGCCGGGGGAAUGUCCAACCGCAGGGCGUGCUGGUGAGGACAAGGACGUUCUCUUUUGGCCGGAGUCCGCUGCAUCCAUGGCGCUGCUGUCCAGUCUGGUGCCCCUGUGCUGCUUGGCACUUCUGGCGCUGCCAACCCAGAGCUGUGGACCAGGCCGGGGGCCGGUUGGCCGGCGCCGCUACGUGCGCAAGCAGCUUGUGCCGCUGCUCUACAAGCAAUUUGUGCCCAGCGUGCCAGAAAGGACCCUGGGCGCCAGUGGGCCGGCGGAGGGGAUGGUUGCAAGGGGCUCAGAGCGCUUCCGGGACCUGGUGCCCAACUACAAUCCCGACAUCAUCUUCAAGGAUGAGGAGAACAGUGGCGCAGACCGCCUGAUGACUGAGCGCUGUAAAGAGCGGGUGAACGCUCUGGCCAUUGCUGUGAUGAACAUGUGGCCCGGAGUGCGCCUGCGGGUGACCGAGGGCUGGGACGAGGACGGCCACCAUGCUCAGGACUCACUCCACUACGAAGGCCGUGCCUUGGACAUCACCACGUCCGACCGCGACCGCAAUAAGUAUGGGUUGCUGGCGCGCCUGGCAGUGGAAGCCGGCUUCGACUGGGUCUACUACGAGUCCCGCAACCACGUCCACGUGUCGGUCAAAGCCGAUAACUCACUGGCGGUCAGAGCGGGCGGCUGCUUUCCGGGAAAUGCCACUGUGCGCCUUCGGAGUGGCGAGCGGAAGGGGCUGCGGGAACUGCAUCGCGGGGACUGGGUGCUGGCGGCAGACUCGGCAGGCCGGGUGGUGCCAACGCCAGUGCUGCUUUUCCUGGACCGGGACUUGCAGCGCCGGGCCUCUUUCGUGGCUGUGGAGACCGAGCGGCCCCCGCGCAAACUGUUGCUCACACCCUGGCACCUAGUAUUUGCUGCUCGAGGGCCAGCGCCAGCGCCUGGCGACUUUGCACCGGUAUUCGCGCGCCGGCUGCGUGCCGGGGACUCGGUGCUGGCGCCUGGAGGAGACGCGCUACGGCCGGCGCGCGUGGCCCGUGUGGCUCGAGAGGAAGCUGUGGGCGUGUUCGCGCCUCUCACAGCGCAUGGGACUGUGCUAGUGAAUGACGUCCUGGCCUCCUGCUACGCGGUUCUAGAGAGUCACCAGUGGGCGCACCGCGCCUUUGCUCCUUUGCGCCUGCUGCAUGCGCUGGGGGCGCUGCUUCCCGGAGGGGCUGUCCAGCCGACAGGCAUGCAUUGGUACUCUCGGUUCCUCUAUCGGUUGGCGGAGGAGCUGCUGGGCUGAGUGCUGUAGGCAUAGAAACCUCGAGGCACCCGCUCACCCAAACGAGGGCUGGGGGCUGAGAUCUAGGGCUGCGGGCUGCGGCUGACGUUGAUUGGGAGGGAGGGGGGGGGGAUGGGGAGAAAAAUGGAGUCUAAGUGGGACUGUCUAGUUUAGGGGCAACCUCCAACUGAAGAGGUGGGCCCGAGUCCUAGGCAAGUGGAGUUGAUAGUGGGUACUCCUUGACAAAGGCUAUUUCACCUCUUGUUCCCCAAUGCCUCAGCCCUAACCGAUUAUUUUAUUUUAUUUUCUAUUUAUAAAUCAUAAUAUAAUUAUCUGUUUGCCUAGCCUGGCAGGAUGAGGGGCUGGGGCACGGCGUUAACCCUGUCUUACACAGUCAGCCAAUCUGACGUCUUGACAUUUUCCUACAGGGGGGCUAAUAAAGGGAAAGCUUCUGGGAGAUUAUUGGAAAAUAUCUUUAUCUCAAGGAUGAUUUACCUCCAGAGUUGGGAGAAAAGGGACAUAUCCAGAGUCAAUACCUUACAUCCUCCUUCCUUCCUUCCCCAGCAGUUUUCCUGCCCCGAUUCUUCCCCUCAGAGGGGGAAGCCCUAAUCAAUCAGCAAGAGACCAAAAAAAGUCAUGCCUCUUUCUAAGCUGCUGGUCCCUUUUCUCACCCAAAGAGGACAGUAUUCUGCAUGCACAGUCAUAGGAGUGUGCUGGCUGUUGCAAGGGCCAGUUGUUCAAGGAGCAAGAGGGCCCAUGCGCCUCAUUCUCUGUUCAUAGGUGCUCCAGCGGGGCUGAGACUAUCGUGGGUACCGAUACUCAAUUCUGCCCCCGCCCCACACACACAUUGUUAGCCUGUAAGUCCUGGUCCCUUUCUCAAAGCCAUGCAUCAGUCUAGCCCCCUCCUACUCCUACCCUGGUGUAGGGUCUGGAUGGAACCGGUUUGUUUGUUUGUUUUCUGGAUAUCAUUGGACCAACUGGCGGACCCGUGGGAAUUCCUAGUUAAAUCAUAACUGACAGUCCCCACACUCCUUGGUCAAGACAAAGAAACUGAACAGAAGAAGGCUAGAACCUAUUCCUUCUGAAGGGCUGUGAGGGCGGAGAACCGCUUUCAGCCCCAAUGUAUGGGAGGAAAUAGGCACUCCAAGCAAGGGCAAAAUGGGUGUUACAACCCAAGCACCCUUCCUGAUCGCCUGCCCUGGUUGUUGCCACAGGCGUCCAUCACCAUUUCUCUCUUUCCCCUCUCUCAUUAUUGCUGGCUCCGCUUCCUUGGCCUGAGUGUUUCUGGAGCCUUUGCUUCCAACACAACAGACGCCUCGAGUCCAGGCAGGCAGGUGCCCCUGAGUUACGAAUGGAAGGUCUGAGGAGGUUGGACUGUACUGGAAAGGGGAGUG